GAUCAUGUGGAAGACGCUGACAGCUGGCAAGUUGAAAGUGAAGAAGAUCUAUGGGAUGCUUGGCGUCAGUUUUUAAAAUGCUGUUGUUGCCAUGAUUUUUGCCCUGAGAAGUAUCAUGUGAUUGAGUGUGGCUACUCCAUCAAAUGUAAGCCAAGUAUCCCUCAACAACUCUAUGAUCACUUGGAUACCGCAACUGUCACAAUAAACAGUCCUUUUAAGCAGCAUCCAGAGUAUAGUCUUGCUGUGCUUGAAGCACUAAAACCUUUACCUAAGAAUUGGAAAGCAGCAAGAAAAGCUGUUGUUAAUCCUGAAGACAAUGAUGACGAUGAUGAAGGAGAAGAAAGCAAAGAAUUUUUACAAGAAUUAUUUCUAAUUAUGCAAAAGAAGGAUGUGGCUGCUGUAUUAAAAAAAUCUGAAGUCAACUAUAACUUGUUUGUCCUUUGGCCAUUGAUGAGUCUUGCUGCUGGGGAUAUGAACUUUGUUGCUGGGGAAUAUACUUUAAAAGCCUCAAAAGAAGAAUAUAGAGCAGAUGCAUGUAUUCUUGAUGAGAAUGACAACGAGAUCUGUCUUCUGGAGUCUUCUGGUUGCUAUCUUUUUGGUGACAAAUGCAAAUAUGGCUAUGAUCAUGUCAAGGGCGCAUUUGGCGUAUUAACCAUGUUUAAUGCUGCCUUCAAGAAAUAUCACAAAGCAUCAUUCAAGGUUGCUCAAGAAUUGAACAUUCUGUUCAUCCAUGCUCGACUGUAUGUCGCCAAAACGCCUGUAAACAGCCAUGUAAUUGCAUUAGGCAAUCUUUUUUGGUGCUUGAAGACAAUGAUCAAAAAAACUGCUUGUGUUCUGAAAAAGAUGAAAGAGAGUCAUGAACAAAAUGAGCUCAAGAUGAUGAUGGGUGAAGAAACCUCACCAAGCCUCCUUCAGUUUGUUGACAUCGACAUUCAAAAGCCAGUGAAAGGUGCAGGCUACGGCAUCUUGUUGCCUGAAGAAAAAGAAGAACAAGAUAUUGUUAUUAAAUAUGUAUAA